AUGAAGCAGAUUGAGAAACCAAAAGCCUAUGCUGAGAAAGGACUCUUGGAAAAGAUAAAGCUUUGCCUCUCAAAGAAACCGCUGCCAUCUGCCAAUGACCGGAAGAUCGACCAUGACUUUGCCAUCUCCACUUCUUUCCACGGAGUACACAACCUUGUUCGAAGCCAGAGCAAAAUUUGCAAGCUGAUCUGGUUGGGUGGCUCAGUGUCACUCGUGGUGUGGCAGGUCUGUAGUCGCUUGGUCAGCUACUUCACAUGGUCCACCACGAUGUCCACCGAAGUUCAGUAUGUGGAAAAGAUCGAGUUCCCGGCUGUGACGUUUUGCCAUUUAAACAGGUUCCAAACAGAUGCUGCAGCCAAAUUUAGUAUUAUUUUUCUCUUACGGAAUAUUGUAUCCAACGUCCUCUAUCUUCAGGAAAUCAGGUCCAAUUAUACUGGCUUUAAAGACGCUAUUGACUUUUUUGCAAGUUAUCAAAACUUCAGCAUUAUGGAGUUUGUAAAAAAAAAAAAAAAUGGUCUUUAUCUCAACAAUAGCACUUUGUUGGAAUGUGACUUUUUUGGAAAGCCAUGUGGCCCACAGGACUUUGCACAUGUCUUCACUGAAUAUGGAAAUUGUUUUACUUUUAAUUAUGGCGAAAAUAUCCGAGCAAGGAACAAAGUGAGUGUCUCUGGAAGAGGAUUAAGCUUGCUCUUCAAUUUCAAUCAGGAGGAAUUCACUUAUGAACAAACCCUUGGUUUUGUUUAUGCUGGAAUCAUCUUUGUUAUCCAUUCACCACAGAAGGUGCCCCAGAUUGAUGGUUUAGGCUUGUCGUCACCUGUGGGAAUGCAUGCACAGGUAACAAUCCGCCAAGUCAAGACAGUCCAUCAAGAAUACCCCUGGGGAGAAUGCAACCCUAACAUCAAGCUGCAGAAUUUUAGUACCUACAGCACUUCUGGUUGCUUGAAGGAAUGCAUGGCUCAGCACAUACAAGAGCAAUGUGGAUGUUUACCUUUUCUGCUUCCUGGAAAUGGGAUAGAGUGUGACCUACAAAAGUUUUACAACUGUGUUUCACCUACACUUGACUACAUUAAAGUUAAGGAAUCAUGUACAAUGGGAAAACAUAAUUCUAGCUGCCCUGUUCCUUGUGAAGAAACAGAAUACCCUGCUACUAUUUCUUAUUCUACUUUUCCAAGUCAAAAACCUUUGAAAUAUCUUUCCAAGAAGUUAAAUCAAAGUCAGGAAUAUAUCAGGUAAUCUUUUUUAGAGAAUCUUGUGAACAUUGAAAUAAACUACAGUGACUUAUACUAUAAGAUAACUCAGCAGCAAAAGGCAGUGAGUGUGUCUGAGUUACUUGAUGUUGGUGGUCAACUGGACCUAUUUUGUGGGGCCAGCAUGAUUACAAUUAUAGAAAUUAUUGAAUAUAUAUUCACCAAUUUCUACUGGAUAUGCAUUUUGUUCUUGCUGAAGAUACCUCAAAUGACCCAGGGGUCUCCUCCACCUCAGCAUCAUCUGAAGAAGAGAAAUCACAUAGAAGAAUGCUAAUGUUCACAUAGGACAAAAGCUUUUGUUUUCUCUUCAUAAUACCUUCAAAUUUCUUCAUGACUAAUUCACUGUUAUGUAAUUUUAUCUUAUAUUUUGGGAAUUCAGUAAAAGCCACUGUAGGUAUCUAUCUAUACAUCUUUAUCUCUGUCUAUAC